AUGUCUGAGGUAGUCAAGUUCAUCCGGGAAGUGACGCCCUUUAUCAAGAAACCAUCGUUAGUAUCGGAUCUGCCAUGGGAGGGCGCUGCUCCCCAGUCCCCAAACUUCAGUGGCAGUGAGGACUCCGGUUCACCCAAACACCAGAACAGCACUAAGGACAGGAAAGUCAUCCCUCUCAAAAUGUGCUUUGCUGCUAGAAACCUAAGCAUGCCGGAUCUGGAAAACAGAUUGAUAGAGCUGCAUUCUCCUGACAGCAGGAACACCUUGAUCCUCCGGUGCAAAGAUACGGCCACAGCCCACUCCUGGUUCGUAGCUAUCCACACCAACAUAAUGGCUCUCCUCCCACAGGUGUUGGCUGAACUCAAUGCCAUGCUUGGUGCCACCAGUACAGCAGGAGGCAGUAAGGAAGUCAAGCACAUUGCCUGGCUGGCAGAACAGGCAAAACUGGAUGGUGGGAGACAACAAUGGAGACCCAUCCUCAUGGCCGUGACGGAGAAGGAUUUGCUGCUCUAUGACUGCAUGCCGUGGACAAGGGAUGCCUGGGCUUCCCCGUGUCACAGCUACCCACUUGUCGCUACAAGGUUGGUUCAUUCUGGCUCCGGAUGCCGAUCACCCUCCCUUGGAUCCGACCUUACCUUUGCUACUCGGACCGGCUCUCGGCAAGGCAUUGAAAUGCAUCUGUUCCGGGUGGAAACCCAUCGGGAUCUGUCGACCUGGACCAGGAUACUUGUGCAGGGUUGUCAUGCUGCUGCUGAGUUGAUCAAGGAGGUCUCUCUAGGCUGCACGUUAAACAGCCAAGAGUUAAAGCUCACAGUCCACUAUGAAAACGGGUUCACUAUCUCCAGGGAGAGUGGGGGCACCAGCAGCAUCCUGUACCGCUACCCUUUCGAAAGGCUGAAAAUGUCUGCCGAUGAUGGCAUUCGAAAUCUCUACUUGGACUUUGGUGGCCCCGAGGGAGAACUGACCGUGGACCUGCACUCUUGCCCGAAGCCGAUUGUAUUCGUGUUGCACACGUUCUUGUCAGCCAAAGUCACGCGCAUGGGACUGCUUGUGUGAGCAGCAGGGAAUCAGAAAUGAGCCUUGAAUGUCACAAGAAGUAUUUCCAUCUCAAGAAAGAAGGAAAAAAAAAAAAGCACAAAAUCGACAGCUCUUUGCUCUCUCCUCCAGCACAGUGCCUUGACACGGACCUGCACAAUCACUGCUGACCCAUACACCGUCUUUCGAGAAGAGCCAACCUUCCACAAGCUACCUGGACCAGAAAUGCUAGAACCCCUAAAAAGCUCCAGCAUGAAGCUAUUGAUUGACGUUGUAGUGGCCGGAUGUGGUUUGUCCACCUCCCUUGUUAGAGGGUGGCGCGUGGGUUUUCCUUUUCGACACGCUCACAUGCUUCUUUCCUCCUCCUGGUGUCCUUCGUGUGCGGCUUAGCCUGCUGUCUUGUCCCUCCCCGGGGAAUUGUGUGUAGUGGCCUGUGCUUCCUGUGGGUGGUGCUUGUUCCACUUCACUGGCCUCACUGGGUCCUUUUCUGUGCCGCCCUGCAGUGCCCUUCCAUCUCGCCUGGCUCCUGCCCUGUCCUGGCCAUCAUUUCCCACUGUAGCACACGUGUCCCAGUGGUGGCCACGUUCACGUGCAGGGUGGGAGCCAGUGCUUUGCAAGGCACGUUUUGGUUUGUAGCUUUUCCUAAUCUUCAUCUUAGGUAGGAGCCAGGGGUGUUAGAAGAUUGAUUUCGCGAGCCAGUUCUCAUUUUAGCCGAAGCCAUUUUUUUAUUGCAUACCAAAUGUGCCUUUGGUUAGGAGUAGUGGAGCUUUACUGUUGACUGUUUGAAUAACUAGAUGUCACUGCCGUUCCAAGGACAGCCUCUCUCCUAGUUUUGAGGAAUGGGAGGUGUGUUUCUCUUAACUCUCUUCUCGAGCUGGCAAAUCCCUAUAAGAAAGACCAAGCCAGAAGAGAAAGCGUGUUUAAAAGAGUAGGCCUUGUGGGUAAAGCUGGUUUGUCCACACAGACAUGAUAUGUGAACCCAGGCCGGCCCCUGGCUCUCCCUCCCCAACUCUGCGGCAGCUGAGUAGGGCUCCCAGCUUGUACACAGUGCUGAGGCCUGGUACAGCUUCCUGGGUCUUACUGAACCUUCCUCCCUGGCAUGACUAGGCCAUAGCAGCAGUAGAGGUUAUCAGAGAAUCACACUCCACUCAUCUCUGUCAUUAUGAAGUCGGUAUGAAAAGCAUUUACACAGUAGUGUCAUGUCUGUAUCAAACUUGGAGCUCAGCACAGUCCUUUCAUCUUCACAAUGUUCUUCAUGCUCUCUGAAGGCAGGGCUCCGAGGGGCACUUGUUUACUAGCCCACACGCAGGAGGGGCUUACAGGUGUGUGGUGGGGGCUGAACACUUUGGAGGGUGGCACUUCAAAUAGACAGAGAAUCACACACCAUACAACUUGAGCCGCUUGGUGCGAGUGCAGGUUGGCCAGUGGGCGGAGCGUGAGGAAUGACAGGCUUGUGAGUAGAGUUGUGGGUGUGGCCCCGAAGCUGCCCCGAGUGCAUGGAGCUGGCGACAGGCAUGCGAGGAGGCCCAAAAGGAUGCUAUGAUUCACUAACACAUGCAGAAAUUAAAAAGGAGACAAGAACAUGUUUGUCUUGAUGCGAAACGGAAAUUGUCGGAGAGGGCUUGCGCUGUCCUCCAGCAGCCCCGAGAGCAAGGCCCCUGCAGCCGCUUGGGGGCCAGACAUGAGUAGCCUUCUCCUCGUGGGAUGCCAGGUUGUUCUCCAACGAAGUGUGUCGUGGGACUUGGGAACCACAGUGAAGUGUCUUUUUAUGAAUGGCACAGCCUUGAUAAAUGUGUAUUUUGUAUUUAGAUGCCAAAACCUGGCAAAUUAUUUUCAAAUAACUGAAAAUGGACAUUUAUAAUACCCCACCUCUUUCAUAGAGCAAGGUGUGUGUGUGUGUGUGUGUGUGUGUGUGUGUGUGUGUGUGUGUGUGUGUUUCACUGGGAAUGAUGAACAUGAUGCAGGAUGUCAUGGCUCUCAGGUGUGCUGAGUGGGAGGAAAUUGCAGCAAGGUGUCCCCUCAGGCAGAUGGGCGACUUUGUCAUGCACGCACACAAAUGCCCAUAAUUGGCCAAUUAGUGUGUGACCAUUCUUCCCCGUCUCCUUCAGGCCUCUCUCCAUAAAAACUUAGGAAGGCUCAGUUUUUUUUCUUUUUCUGGAAAAGGUAAGUUCUUUCCUUCAAGAGUCCUCAAAAUGGACCUUACCUGAAAACUCGCAUCCAGUAUUUUAUAUGAAGAAAUCCUUUAUACAGUAUUUAUUAGCUAAUUGCAACUGUAAACUCAACUACCUAAUAGACGAGAGUUUCGGGUUAAAUGUUGGGACACAUAGGCAGUCAAGACUAGUUCCGGUGUCAUUUGAAAGCCAUGGUUUAGCACUUCUUCAGCCAGGUAAACUCUGUUAGUGCCUGUCUCUGUCUUCUGUACUCUUGGGAACUUGGCGACUGAAAAUUAGCGCACUUAGAAGAUAUUGAAUUAUUUAUUUCUUAUAUUUUUAUAAGUGAAAAAAGCCUCUUAACAAACGGCUGAAGCCCUUGCUGACUGUUUGCUUUACUUAUCCACCUCAGCAAAAAGGUAACAGCUUUUUUUCAGCUCAUUAAAUGCACUUAGCUGACAAGCCAAAUUUUUUUCUUUUAAAAAAACAAACAAACAAACAAAAACGUUAAUAAGCUGUGUGGAACCUAGGCAAGAUAAUGUUUCUCCCGGAAAAACAGGUUUCACUGUAAAUGGUUUUGAUUGGCAAGAAGUGUGUGACCUCUUUUUAAGAAGUGGAUUGUUUACAUUCCGAGAGAACUUCCAGGUCUUCUUGUUUAAUUUCUAUGCACAUGGUCGUGGCUGUAUGUUUUCAGAAACAUGGGAGAAUCUUGGUUCACAUUUUUUAAUGCAAAUUACCUUGCAAGCUGCUAUGCAAAUUCUCUUUAGAGCCCUACCUGCUUAAAGAGUUACACAUUUUAAAAGCUUUCAGGGAAGACCUAUAGACUUAAGCACUUUCUCUGCUUUUUUCUUGUACCUUAUCUUAAACCCUUACACUGGGUUCUGUUGUUCUUUUCACUGGGGUAAGCUGUUGCUUGUACAUACUGUGUCAACGGUUCAAAUACCCAGCCUCUGUUUCCACAUUGCCGCCAUCAGUGAUUGAGGUCACCAUUGAAAUGGCUGGUUAGAAAGCCAAAGGUCUUCUUUUUUCAAUCCCUAAUGAGGAAAUCCAGAGAAAGAUGACGCUUUCCACUCAAGGUGGGCAGAAACCCAUAGGGCAGUUCUGCUCUGUCCUGUGGGAUCUCAGAGUCAGAAUCGACUGGGAGGUGCCACUGUGUGCAAGGGAAUGAAGGAGUGAAAGUGCCAGAUCUGUUUAGUCCCCAAAGCAAAGUGCUUUGGUAAGAUCUGAAUAGCUAUGUAUUGGAGAGAAACGUACGUACAUUGUGGGUUCUUCUUAAGAGUCUUAAGUUGAAUGUGACUGGUCACAUUCAUGCUUUUUCUUUGUUCGGUAUGAUACUGCAUGCCAGUGGUAUUAUUGUCUACCUUGAGUGUGGAAAUCUCUUUCCAGUACACUUGAAUUGUUGUGGUGGAUUUGUUUCUGUUUUCUUUCCUGUUCCGAACACUCCAGUCCCUCUGGACAACAAGAGUAGAAGAAGCAGCUGUCUGCUCCAUCGUCUGUCUGCCCCUGGGUUGACUGCAUGGUAAACUAGAGCGGCUUUGACUGUUCACUUCCCCUCUGCUGUCUUUAAAAAAAUGACAGCAGCCAUAUGCUUUCUCUUCUUCCUUUCUUUUUCUUCUUUUAAUAAGCUCCUUCAUUUUGCUGGCUGUAUAGACAGACACACAGAUAUUUAUGGUAACAGUUCCCAAAUAGUUAUGCCAUAUAAUGAAAUUAUGUAUUUUUGAAUACAUAGGAAUUCAUAGGAAUUCCUGUGCUGUAAUGAUACAAAGUAACGUGUACUUCACACUAGUAAUAGGCUGCUUGCAUAGCUGAUUUAAAAUCCUUUUUAAAAAAUCAGGCAGAUCAGUGAUACACGCCUGUUCAAGUUAAGGGAAGGUACAAUAAGGAAGCUCACAGAAUGCGUCUGUUUUCCUGUGUCUAACAAGCUGUUGAUUGUACACCCUAUUGGUAAGCUGCCAACUACAAGAAGGGUUGCUGUGUAUUAACUCAAAAGACUCUUUUAACAAGAUCCUGUAUUUUGUUUCAAAAUUGAUAAACUUGAGCUUAACCUCUUGCCACCUCUCCCUUCCCACUUUGGGUGACUGAAUUGAAGCACACUUUCAUUUUAAUAGUGAACCUGUAUUUGAUGCAAUGCAGGUAAGUGCCUGCUGCUCGGUGAGCAUUUUAUUAUAUUCCAUAAAAUCCACCAAAUGAGCCAUAACCCUUGAAUUUCUUCCCCAACUACUCGGGUUAACACCAGACAACGAGGACGGAGAACUUCAUUAUAUUGCAAGGCUGGGUGCCCUCCCUGGUAGAUUUCUGAGUAGCUUCUAUGGUUUUGAGUCUCGCUUCACCCAAGCCACACAAUAUGCCUCUGGAACCCGACUGAUCCUAGCCCAUGUUCCAAAGAAUGGACGUUUCUUUUGCAGAAAAGAUUCUGAGGGGACAUGGAAGAAAUUUUGAAACUGUGAGUCUCAUGAAUGGUUUUGAUUCGUGUCUUCUGUCUUUCAAUAAGAGCGUAUUGAUAGACAGCACAGCACCAGGCUCUCUGAAGGAUCCCAAAGGAAGUUCCUGCCUUCAGGUCGCAUAUGUACAAGCCAUCAUUCCUCAAUCGUGGCAUGUUGUUCAUUUGUCAAUCAGUGAUAAUUACAAUUCAGCCACUUUGUAUUUCUACCAAAGUAGGCCUGUAGUUCUGUUUCUCUGGACCUGGCAAACUGGAACGUGCUUAAAGAGGUGCUUAUAGUCUUUGGCUCUAUUCCUGGCACAUUUAAAUGAGUCUUUCUUUUCAUUAUACUUGAUCUUAUUAUGCCUAAUUAGUUUAGCUUGGGAACAGGGGAAGCACUAAGGGGGUGCAGGGGUGACACCAACAAUGGCUCUAUAACAUGUUUACGCAGUGCUUCAGCAAACAUUCAUUCAUCCUUGUUGAGUAUCCCCAUAGUUACACCCUCAGUUUAUAUUGCCGGUGCACCUCAAGGAUAAACUCAUGCCAAUCUGCUUUUUGAACCUUUUACUGAGCGAAGGUCAGCGCUGUCAUUGUUCCCCAAUGACAGUGACCUUCGCUGGGAUCAUGUGGUUUCAUCUGCACAAACUACAAGCCCGCUGUUGUGUUUGUUGCUGCUGGUGUUUUUGUAGUCACUGAUUCUAGUUUUCUGGUGUCUUAGCUACAAUACUAUGGUAAUUAGCACAUGUGAACCUGUAUCAAUUACUUAAGAGAAUGAAGUAGUAACUAAAGGAAAAAGGAGAAAAGUAAAAAAUGGUUUCCACUCAGUUACUAAUGUAGAAAGAUUUUACAAAAUAAUCUUUGUUGCUAGUAUUGAUAUAAUCUAAGAAAGGAUACAUUGUAAACAGCUUACAACUAUAUUUAUCACAUGCUAUUCUAUGAUUAAAGUUAAUGAUGAGCAUCACAGGAUGGUCUGGUGGGGAGAUGGUUGACGGUGGGGUGGCAUCGUAAAUUACCACUCUGCGUGACAACUGAUCCUCUUUUUGGAAAGUGGAUCCACUGUUUGGAAAGGAGAGUAGCAGUAUUAAAAAGAUGAAUCAGUGAUGGAUCUUCUUAAAGAAAUGCUUCUCUUUUUUUAAUCUACAAACGGCAAGCUAAAUAUAUAUUUCAGCUACCCCCUUUUUGAAAACCUACCCCUUCAUAUCCACACGAAUGUCCUUUGUACAUCUCAUUUACUGGAAGUUCUUACACAGGUAGGACUUGAUUUACCAGAAGUGGUGAAUCAAAGUGAAAUUUUUUUACAACAACACAAUUUCACUUAUUCUAGAGCACUCUAGCAUUCAAAUUUAACAAAAAGAGCACAAACACACACCAAAAAUAACGGAAGCUGAUUGAAUUUUUCCUGAGUUGCAGCUUGCCAUCCUUCUGACGAAGGAUGCCUUUUAGGCAACAUCUGGGGCCACCCCAAAGGUACCUGAGCUGUCUGUGACCGGAGUGGCAUGUAUGGCAGAGUCAUAUCGAGUGAGGGUCUCCCGCUUUUUUUUAAGUGUCCUGGAAUUGUACAGAAAAAUUAGAUCAUGCCUUCAGCUUCUUGGCUCGUACUUUAACAUACCCUUUUACAAUCAGGUGCUAAUGACUACUCCCGCAGCGGCACAGGAGAAUCUUGUCUGUUCUUUCAGACUUUUAUGUCUCUUCUCAAUAGAAUGGGUGUCAGUUAUGUUUUUUCACCUCUGUUUUGUGAAUUUACAAACAUUUGGGGGAAAGUGAAUGAUUUGAACUGUAAUCACCAAUUUUGAUGGUAUUCUUGUCAUCCUGUAGCAAAUCUCCCCCUAACAUACGAAACAGUCCUCAAGUAAGGACUCUGAAGCGAGGUUUACAAUCUGUUGAAUGAGUUCAGCGUUGUAAAAACCUUGAUGCUCAAAGAAUCUAUUUCCCUUUUGGUACCAGAUCCCUAAGUCCUUCGGAGAAUAACUGCUACUCAUUCUGGCUAAUCUGCACAAACUCUGUUCAUACCCACGCACAUGUUCCAUCCCACACAACUUUGGUUUCUGUUACGUAUUGAAGCUUAGAAAUAUAGAAUAGUAUUUCCACAAAGAAUUAAAAGUAUGCAACAUUAUGGAGUUUUCUCUUAUUUUUAAAACCCUACACUUAGGCAUAUCUUAUUUUUAAAUCUUAGUUAAGAUUUAAAUUUGAAAUCUUGUGUCACCAAGCUGGCAAAUAAAAAAACCCCAUGGUGUAAAAAAAAAAAAAGGCUUUUUAUGUGUAUUCUAUAGAGAUGCAUAGACAACACUUCCCUUUGAGUUGCUUAUCAACAUUUAGCAUUGUACAUUACAAUGAAAAUUUGUAACUUAAGGGUAUUAUAUAUAUAAAUACAUAUAUACCUUUGUAACCUUUAUACUGUAAAUAAAAAAUUUGCUUUUA